AUGAGGGUUCUGAAGCUUCCCAAAGAGACGCCGGUCGUGCAGUCAACAGUGAAAGAUCUGAUGCAUCCAGGAACGCUUAUUUACCGCCUGAAGGGAUCUGACGGAGAUUCUGACGAGCUCACGUUUGGUGCUAACAACGCCAUUGGACGACAGCUGCUUGAUUUCCAACAAGUGCUCUUCAAUUCGGCGGACGUGCUACUGAAGCAGCCUCUCACGGAAGAAGAAUAUACAAUAUCAAUAUUUGUCACGGACGGCGUUGAAACUACAGAAGUCGAAUCGACCAUCCUCGUUACCAAUGGCACUGGGCUACCACAUCCAUUCGUGGACUACACAACGCUGCUGCGUGUUCCGGAGAACACCAAGAUCAACUCCAGUAUCGGAUAUGUAACAGCUAAGGAACGGGACCACAGCAAUCUUCCUGUCACCUUUGAACUGAGGGGUUCGGAGAAGUUCAAGAUUCGUUACGAGUUCGGACCCCGAGGCACCAGUAAAGCUGUCAUCCAACUUAUUGGCUCUUUGGACUACGAAACCAAGAACCUUUACCAGUUAGAUGUCAUUGCUUUGAAUGCGUGGACGGAUGAGCGUUACGACACCCGGAAUAUCGCUACCUUACCCAUCGCCGUCGUAGCCGAAGACGUGCCAGACACCCCGCCCAGGUUCGACGAUGUCCCGCCAGUGGUCACAGUGUCCGAUUCUGCACAAGCCGGAACGAGCGUCGUAAAUUUAACUGCAACGGACGGAGACUUUGGAAGUCCAAGGAACUUGUCUUUCAGGCUCGACAAAGACAGCCCGUGGAGUGGUCACUUUUCUAUCAACCCACAAACCGGAGAAGUGAAGAUUGCUCGACCAAUCGCCGAGUUAAGCGACAAAUAUGGCGGUACAGCUGUGUACUUAUUGAAAGUCACGGCUCGUGAAACCACGUCCACCUUAGAGUACCCAGCAAUGGAAGCAAGUACCCAGUUCGCCGUGGUACUCAUGUCCAAAGAGAACCAUCCGCCAACGUUUGGCAGCGAUCGUUUCGUAGGUUUCAUCAACGAACACAGCCCACAUCUCACGGCAGUCAGCUGGGCACCAGGCACUGUAGCCAAAGUCUACGACAGGGACCAGGGAAGAAACAACACGUUUCGACUAUACUUGGAAGAAGACGACGAGGUCUUUUCCGUUCAUCCGAAUUCGGGCUCACGGGAAGCCGACUUUGCCAUCCUUGUACGCGAUUCGUCGAGGCUCGACUACGAAACGGCUUUUCCCAAGUACAUUGACUUCAAGCUGAUCGCUGCAGAAACGGAAGCUGUUGUUCCGCUGACGACAACCGUGGAGGUGCGCGUGAACAUCGUGGACGUUAACGACCAUCCCCCUCUCUUCACCAAGGACACGUACGACGUCACCUUGGCAGAGGACGCAAAGCAGGGCUCAUUUGUGGCUAAAGUUACUGCCACAGACCCAGACACAGGAUUGUUCGGGAAAGUAAAGUAUACAUCGCUCAACGGACCGCUUGCACGAAACUUAAAACUCGACGUCGAAUCUGGCGAAAUCACCUUAGCGACUGCCCACGGCUUGGACCGCGAGACGACGUCCGACCACGUUCUAACCGUGGAAGCGCAUGACGAAGACGGGAGGGGCCAGCGGGCCCUAGCCAAGUUGCACGUCCAUCUGGAAGACGCCAACGACAACGCCCCAGUCUUCGGGCAGUCGCGCUACGACGCUGUGCUUGCUGCUGACUUGGCGGACUUCACGGAGCCCGUCAUACUAAAGGCAGUGGACGCUGACAGCCCUGGCCCAAACAGCAACGUCACCUAUGAAAUCGUCAGCGGGAACUACGAACAAAAAUUCCGUGUGGAUCCCAUCAGUGGAGCUCUGACCCUAACGGCUCCCCUGACAAUGCCCAAGAACGGUCUCCAUUCCAUUCUGUUGACCGUGCGAGCCCACGACCAAGGUAUUCCCGUACGCUCUGCUGCUGUCCAGGUUCAUGUGCACACGCAGGAAUACCUGAAUAGGUCAAUCGUCGUGCUCCUUCCAGGAAAGGAAUCCGAUGUGAUGCAACGCAGAGGUGAAAUAGAAAAGGGUCUGUCAGAGAUGCUUGGUGCCAAAGUCAACAUUUACUCAAUGCAACCGUUUAAUCAAUCAAAUGAAGCGACAAUGGUGCGCGCCUGGGCCAUCUACGAGUCGCAACCGAUCGACCUCAAGUCGUUCUCCAAGAUAAUGAACAACAUCUACGGGAAAGAGUACGCCGAAAGACAAGAGCGCAGUAGUUCCGAAGUGAAGAAAUCGGUCAUCAGCGAUCGCCUUCUAUGGAUUUUAAUCAUCGUUUUCAUCUUGAUUAUUAUAAUUCUUUUGCUCAUCAUGCUUUGCUGUUGCUGGAGAUACAUCUUAAGCCCAAUCACACAAAAGUACCUCCGAGUCAGCGACCUCGUUCAGGCGGCAAAGUGGCCCCUGCAGAGAGCAGCAGACUUCGCGACCGCUACACGGGCAGUAUGGACGGCAAGGCAACGGCCAACGGAAGGUGCGCAUGCACCACCAUUGCUCCCCCACACCCUUAAAGUGCCACACUCCCUUUGCACCUUCUCCUGCACUGCGUUUGUACCUGUGCUCAACGGCCCAUCAAGCAAGCUUCGAGAAGACGCCACACAAACAGGGCGCGACAUCAAGUCCAUCGCAAUCGGGACAACCGCGAGCAAAGACGAUACCAGCGACCCUGGCACCGACGAGAGCCCACGCGGACGCAGCGCCGCUCUCCCUAGCGAGGACAGGCAGUUCCUGCUCCACGAGAUGCGUCGGGCGGACGGCACCGACGGAGAUGCCAAACAUAUCGGAAACUAUUUAGUCGUCCGGCGAGACGUCAAGCGCCGAAGGCCACAAGACCCUGGACAUCAGCGACCUCCAACCGGCGAUUCGCUCAGCGGCAUCUCCAGGCAUUACGAGCUCAGUGGUGACGGACCACGGAGGACGGAGAUCUUAUACAUUCGAAGCCCACCACCAGAAGAGACAGAUCUUGAAGAUAACUCAAGAACCGCCGAAGGAAACGCCGCAACGCAAAGGGACAGAGCCCACAGGCGUGAGAACGCGCGCCGUGUUAGGUUCUCGCGGUACCAUAAGGUGGACGACGGUUCGUUCGCAUUGCCACUGUCGUCUGACACUGUGAUUGGAGACCUCCCAAGAGAUCAAGUGUGGGUGGUGCCGCAAGAGAGGCCUGGUGUGAGGCACAAAGAGAACAAUGUUGCCGCCGAUAUAGUCCGAUAUGAGGAACCGUGUCGGCGGCGCCCACAAGUUGGUGUUCGUCUGCAUACGGUGGAUGAUGUACGGGAGGAUGCGGGUAGCGAUGGCGAGAUGAGAGUAUACGAAGAAUUGGAUAUGCGUUCAAAAAACCGCUUGGCUAAUGAUCCUCCUAAAGCCCUGGAGUGUGAAGCCGGUGGCCCGAAUGACAUGAACGACAAGGAAAUGGAAUCUAGCACUGGAAAGCAGGCGCAUAAUAAUACAAGUUUUUCUACGUGUGUUAAGAGUACAGAACAGUCUAAUGUUACGCAGCACACAAAAGACCAUAAUAGUGUUAUGACAGAACCGCCUCAGCAUGAGGUACAAAGUUCUUUGUCCAUGGGUAUGGAUCAGGAAACCACCGUGUCUGGAAAUCAAGCGUCAUCAGAAACGAAGGUGCCUCAGCCCGAAACUCUCGGCACCCAAUCAGACCUCCCGAAGCAGGCUGAAGGGGCGCAGCAGCCAUCUGUGACAAUCCUUACUGUCCCUUAUCACCAGGUCUCCUGCCAUGCACCUGCACAGACGCUUCAAGGGGCACCAAGCGCAAAUUUGCCUAACUCUGUUUUAACGCCAACGAGAGGAAUCUAUGACACUCCACAAAAUCCACAAGUCCUGUUACCUUCUUCCCUUCCUGCAACUAUCCUUCAGUCGUAUGGUACAUCACUCGGUCAACAGCCUUCUAGCUUUGUUAUUAUAAAUAGCCCAGCUCAUGCGCCUCAAAUUAUAGUUAGUCAGCCAUAUGUGGUGCCCUCAAGUCAGGCCGUCCCGGUUGCCACCGCUGCAUCAAGCGCCCAGCUGCUUUCUCAGAAUGCAGCUGUAUGCCAUGACUCACAUCAAGUUCUCACUAGCGGAACUGAAAUACACACAACUGGCGCGACAAGCACAACCACGACCCAUCACAGCCCUAUUAUUCAUGCAUCCCCUAUUGCUGAUGAGCGUCAGAAUUCAAGGGCUAGCAACCUGCCAUCUGAUGUCGCUCGGACUCUCGAAUCAGAUGUCAAGUUAAAAGGGGUGUGCACCACGAACGGUGUCUCAGAUACCCAACAUGUCGAACCACAGUCACGCGCCAGGCAAUCAGUAGACACCAACCUUAGCCUACAAACGCCCACUGCCAUUUCACCUGUAAGUCCUACUAGUUGUCUUCAUCUUCCUGCACCUGCACAUGCCGUUCAGGAAAACACGCACGACAGCACAACCGUAGUGCCGGGUGCUUGCAUGAACGAUGAAAGCCCUAGUGAAAUAGACAUCGAGGGAAUGCACACCAAAGACACUGGUGUCAGUUUAGAUUACGCCAGUGUCAAGGCUGCCAACAAUACCAUACAUACUAAUAACGUGCCAGAACUUGCCACCGAAUCGCUACAUCUUAAUCUUAAAAAGAAUACCACAUCGAACUUGCAGACAUCAGACGCUCACGUACGUUCGUCUCCACCUCACCGCCUGCAUGCUCAUGCACCAACAACUAAUCCUGGUCAUGACUCGUUGUCUUUGUCAGGUUCACCUCAAAAGCGCGCCAACUUAACCCAGACGUCUCACAAAACACUCCAGGCCAUCUCUUCUAUACAGGUUUCCACUACGACAAACGACAACACGAUCGAUGUCGUUCAAGAGACCAUGCAAACGGGCAUUCUGAGCGAUUCCGAAUUCGACGUCAUCGAAAGAGACCUGAAGACGAGCCUCACAAAGUACGUUGACAGCGAUCACGACGAUUCCGACUCUGGCAUCGGACCAACAGCCAACUGCCUCCGUCUGAAGAACAACGUCUUCAUCGAGAAGAAGAGCCUCUUUACUAUUGCAUACGACGCAGUCAGUACACACAAGCUGCGGACAAGUCUUCAGAGUACACCAUCACCAUGACAGCAUAGGAUACGCUAUUUGCGAUGAGAACACUGUAGGUAGCUAUGGGAAAGUUUUCCUCGUCUGUUGCUGCAGGCUACGCGUUAAGCCUACAAUGGCAUGUGGAGCACAGUUCCGCAUGUGAGUAGCAACCUGCCCAUCUUCAAGCCACCGACAUCGUUUGCCAAAGUGAGCCAGCAGCGUUAAUCCUCUCGUGGUGGGGAGUCAACGCCGUGUUCGCACAUGUACAUAAUGUAGAGCUGCGGACAUAUCAGAAUGAGGUAGUGUACGUACGCUUAUUUCUGCUCGACAAACAAGAGUGAACUCAUGCGACGUUUCAGCCUCCCUUGCACACACAGACAUGUCAGAAAUCUGUCAGAUCAUAUAGCCAUGUGGUCGCGAUAAGAAGCAGUGUACUCUGUUCUUUGCACGUGACAGUGAGCUAUGCGCUGUAACAACUACUGCCUGAACCUGAUCAACUUCAUACUCUUGAUGCACCGAUGGCCGUUAGCAUGCAGAAGCAUGAUAUGCCACAAGAAGGACGUCGCAUUUAAAGAGUACACGCAUGAUGAAUGUUGGGUGUCUUCUAUCGAAAUAUUUCAUCAUUGUUGGUUGCCAAAGAGAUUGAAAAAGAAUAAUAUAUAGUGGUUUCUCAUAGCUUUUUACAGCAUAUAGGAAUAUAGAGUUUAUUCACUGAUGUCACCUCUUUAGAGGACACCGGCUUCGAAAAGGCGAGAUCACAGCUGUACAUAUAGGUCAUGCGAAGUUUGGUAUCGGUUUCGCUUGCUGCCAUAUGCUAUUUGGAAGGCUGUUAAAGUUGACAACGUAGAUAUUGUUGGGAUAUGGUACAAAUAAUAUUCGCACGGUACAAGAACUUGGAAACACCAAAUGAACGGUGAGGGUGAAUGUCUGUAUGUUGAGGACCUAUAUGUCGGCAAAUCCGCUAGCGACUGUUGCGCUCCCGUAGGAGUGACGUCAUGACGACAUCGUUCUGCUGCUUUAUGCAAAUGGUGAUGUCGAUAUCUCUGAACUGUUUGGCGAAUUGAGAAUACUAAACAGGAUAACUGCAGAAGAGAAGUCCAGGAGUGUCUUCGCAGACUGAAACAAGUAACUUUGGUUGAAUAACGUUGAGCUGCUUUUGGCUUUAUGCAUAUCACAUGUUUUCAAUAAGAUAGAAAUCGC